CCAUAAUUCGUUACUUUCGCGCUUCGCUGCGCGCGGAACUUAGAUUUAGAAAACUUUUUGAAAUGAGAAUCUUUAGUUUUUUGUUUGCUGUCGAUAAGUGAUUUCCAUUUUUAAAUAAAAGUGUUUCCGUGUUUGAAUUUAUGAAUUCCAUCGAAACAUGAAACAGGAACGUUCUGUCUUCUCAACUAUGGACGAAGAUGAACUAUGGAGUGACACGAAUGUUUUAUAAAGUGACACAUUUAUCAGAAGUAGAAUUAAUAUACGAACAUAAUUAUAUUGAGUGAAGUUUAUAGUACAAUGGACCAAUUUAAAUUUAAAGUAAGAAAAUAGAGUGGCGAUAAAAUGGAGAGACGGAAAUAUUUGUGGAUGGAGUUCUUUUGGACGGCUGUUAUAAUACAACUGGCAAUGUUUACUAAAGCUACGAACGUCACUACCGUACCACCGCAACGCCAUCUGGAGGCGACAGAAGAGCCGUCUGGGUACGCGUGGAGCUCGUGGGGCAGUUGGAGUGCGUGCUCCAGGACUUGUGGCGGAGGAGUAGCCUUACAGGAGCGUCAGUGCCUGCCGAGAACAAGAACAGCAAUCCCUGACGGCACGUUGCCUCCUCCUAUCAUAACAGUGAGGGUGACUAGACAAGUGCAGUCUGACUGUCAGGGCGUCGCCAGGAGGUACCACGAAUGUAAUACUGCUCCGUGUCCUGGUGGUGCACGAGAUUUGCGCAGUGAGCAGUGUGCUGCGUACGACAGGCGACCGUUCCGUGGACGCUUUUAUACCUGGGUGCCUUACAUAGAUGGUGAUUCUCCUUGCAUGCUGAACUGCCGGCCACUGGGACAACAUUUCUAUGCGUCCCUGGCACUUGUGGCUGAUGGCACUCCUUGCACCAAACCAGGGUUCAGAGCAAUCUGCGUCCAGGGUACUUGCAAGGUGGUAGGAAGAGAGUCGGUGCUAGCAGGGUCUGGUGUGCGUGAGGUGCGAUGCGGGCGGCGGCUGGUAUCGGGGCUGUUCUCGCGGCCGCGGCUGCCGCUCGGGUACUCGUACGUCACCACGGUGCCGCGCGGAGCCUGCCGCCUCAAUAUCACCGAGAUCAUGCCCAGCGAGAACUACAUCGCAUUGAAAGUGACAAAUGGCUCUUAUAUUGUGAAUGGAGAGUUUGCUGUGAGUUCUCCUGGAACUUACGACGCAGCUGGUACAAGAUUUGUAUAUUCCCGCGCUGGUGGACUCGACACAAUCUUUGCAAUGGGACCUACGCAUUUUUCUAUUGACAUUAUGGUCCUCUACACUCAACCAAAUCCAAGCAUAAAAUAUGAAUAUUUUACCGAAUCUUUACCGGGAGAAGUAGAUAUUGAAUCGAUCACUAGAGCCAAUAUUCCUGAUAUUCUAUCAACAGCUCAAACUAAACAUAUCCGAAGACAUCACAAUUUUGAUGCUUAUCCCAGACCUGCAUUAAAUGUACCGAGAUAUCCGGAUCUCCCAAGUAUGUCAAAAGAAGUCAGUUCUGAAGACGAUGUGGAAGAAAAUGUAAUAGGUGGUAGAAAAUUUAUAUGGAAGAUUUUAUCGUACACUCAAUGUACGCGAACCUGUGGAGGUGGUAUUCAGAUCGGCAAAUAUCGUUGUGUGGAAUCUAGCGCGAACUCAGAUAGAGAAGUAUCUCCAGUACAUUGCACUGGGUCUGCUCCUGCGGGUAGAAGACGAAGAUGUGGGAAUGUGCCGUGCCCUCCUCGGUGGCGAGCAGCCGCCUGGUCUACCUGUCCCCAAUGUGGGCCUGCCACUCGUACAAGAAUUGUUGGUUGCGUACAGGAUCAUUCCAGAGGCAUUACCAAGGUUAGCGACCAGAAGUGUCCGGCUCCAAAGCCACCAACAACCGAAACAUGUAACAUUCCUGAUUGCAACACGAAUACUGGAGAAGUAUACAUUGGCUCUAAGCGAGUGAUCCGACCACGAGAGCAAGUCACCGAUACGUUUCGUGAAGGCCCAAUUUAUACCAUCACUGCCAAUGAUACUGACUUAGAUGUUGGGCCGGAGUAUACUUUUAGUGCUGCUGUGGGCUGGUUAUCUACAGAAUGGUCGGAAUGUGUUGGGUGGUGCGUGGGCGGUGGGGUUCAAACCCGUAGUGUUCGCUGCGCUGAUCCCUCAGGGUGCGCUCCACGCAAGUCACCUGAGACCACACGAGCUUGCACGCCCAAACUACCGUGUGACCCUCAUGAUGGACAGUGGUUUACAGGAGAUUGGUCUACCUGUUCGUCUCCCUGUGGAGGGAAACAAGUGCGUGGUGUACUGUGCAUCGGAGGCAGCGGCAGACAUCUUCGAGAGUCCGCAUGUAAAGGACCCAAGCCUGACAAUGAAAGAGACUGUGGAGGCGACUGUCAACCUGACUGGUACUUUAGUGAAUGGGGACAGUGUAUCGGCAACUGUUCAUACGGGGUUGGAGUACAACGACGGACAGUGUGGUGUGCGAAACACGAUGGCGCGAGUGUGGAGACGGAGUGUGGGACGAGCAAGCCGCAGGCGCAUCGAACGUGCGAGCCACAAUGCCCCGUCGCUGUUCCUACUUUACCACCAGACUUGACUAUUGAAUCGCAAAGAGCAUCGGGAUAUGAAACCACGACUACACAAAGGAUCAUAAAUAAAUAUACUCAAACAGAAGACUGUGAAGACAAAUUGGGGAACUGCGCCUUAGCAGUCCAAGCCCGUCUCUGCCACUACAACUACUAUAUGCAGAAUUGUUGUUACUCCUGCAGAGGUCGAUGAACUUAUUCUACAAUUUUCACAAACGAACGAAUUCAUUGAUAUAAUAGCCAUAACUGAUAUAUUUCUCAGUAGAUCAAUCUUAAAUGAUAUUAACAAAUCAACAGAUUUUGUGUGUGAUAUUUAAAUGUAUUAAUAUUUCACAUACAAUUAUAUUGUCAAUAACGACGUGCUUAAUGGUAAAGUCAAUGAUAAUGAUUAGUUAAAUAAGUUAUGAUUGUAUUAGUAAGUAAUGUAAAUAGAUAGAAAUAAAACAAAAUAUUGAGAAGACAAAACA